UUUUUUUUUGGCCUUAUGCAUUGGCCGUGACGUUUACAAAACGUCUCUGCGUCAUUGAAACACGCCCGGGCACGCACAGAUCACUGCCAUCGAAACCGAAGCAGAAGACUGCAGCCUUGACAGCUGUUGUGGUGAUGUAAUGUUGCCCCUUUGGUGACUACGGAUGGCGGUGUGUGCCAGGCUCUGCGGAGUGGGGCAGUCACGGAGGUGUCGGAGGCGACAAAGGCCAAGUCACCAGGAUCAGGGAAGCGAUUCUGAUUCGGAUAUGGACGAGGAAGAGGAGGAGAAAAUCGUUGGUAAACUGAAAGCCGAAGCAGGGAAGGACUGCCAGGAAAGCCUGGGUGCUGUAAGGCCUAUGCUGGAGCUUGACGCCUCAGCUAAGCCGUGCAGCACAAAUGUCAACAGACUUGGAUAUGAGGAAACAAAUUGUGCUGUUCGACAAAAGCCUCAGUCAUUAUUGGAUCUUCCUCCUGAGCUUCUCGUUGAAAUCUUCUCCUCUUUACCCGGUACUGCGCUGCCAAAUCUUGCUCUUGUAUGCAAGAAAUUUAGGCAAAUACUGAACACGGAAACCAUUUGGAGAAGGAGAUGCACGAAAGAGUUUGGCAUGAAGGAGGACCUACGCAAAAUGGAGCUAGUGGGGGUGUCCAGCCGGGAGCUUUAUGUCAAACGUGUGUCGCCGCGCGUGAAGUCGGGACGUUUUAUGAAGCUGCUCCCCGAUUACGAGCACAUGGACUAUCGGGACGUGUACGCACGCUUGCUGCACCCAUUCAGAAACAUCCUAGGGCUUUGGCAGCCAGACAUCGGCCCGUAUGGCGGACUGCUCAACGUUGUGGUGGAUGGGCUGUUUAUCAUUGGCUGGAUGUAUCUUCCCCCUCACGAUCCCCGGGUUGAGGACCCCAUGAGACGAAGGCCCCUGUUCCGCAUCCACAUGUGGGAGAGCAACCGGGCGAGUGUGGAGUGCAUGUAUGGACACAAGGGGCCCCACAAAGGAGACGUACAGAUUGUGAAAAAAGAUGAGUUUUCCACUAAAUGCAAUCAAACUGAUCACCACCGCAUGCCCGGAGGACGCCAAGAGGAGUUCAGGACUUGGCUGGAGGAGGAAUGGGGGCGGACACUGGAGGACAUCUUUCAUGAACACAUGCAAGAGCUGAUUCUCAUGAAGUUCAUCUAUACCAGCCAAUACGACAAUUGCCUAACAUACCGGCGCAUAUACCUUCCUCCACACCUCCCCUCAGACCUUCUGCGUCCAGGACUCUUCAAGGGCACCUAUGGCAGCCAUGGCCUGGAGAUCAUCAUGCUGAGCUUCCACGGGUCUAGUGCCAAAGCCACCAAACUCACUGGGGACCCCAAUGUGCCUGCGGGUCAGCUGACCUUGGUGGUGCACCUGAACCGGCCAGUUCGCCUGCCCGACCUGGAGCGGCAGUGCACUGUGGAGGAUCUCUCGCGGCUGGUGCUCGGCCACCAUGAGGAGAUGCAGAGGGAAGCGCAGGGUGAGGAGGCGCAAGGGCAGGGGGCCGAAGGAGAUGAGGGGACAGCGGCAGCAGAGGCACCGGCUGUGGAAGCCUCGACGACCUCAGGGGCCACCAGGGCCGCCAGGGCUGCUUCAGAUGCUCAGCCCUUCGUCCUGCCACUCGGUGUGAUUGCACGCAACGAGGAAUAUCCCCGAUCCUGCACAAAGUGUUUUUAUGGGACAGGCCUCAUCGCGGGGCAUGGCUUCACUAGUCCGGAACGCACACCAGGCCUGUUCAUCCUUUUCGAUGAGAACCGCUUCGGGUUCAUCUGGCUGGAGCUCAAGUCCUUCAGUCUGUACAGCCGCUUGACAGACCCACUGGCUCAGGCCCUGGCCCCAAGUAUGGAGAGCUUCGAGGUCAUGCUUCAGAACAUGCAGUCCUGGACAUCCUAAUGGCUACCCUGCCCUCAGACUCCAGGCUUUUACCCCUCACAUAACAACACACGGCCAACACACCUCCACUGCUAUUCUAUAUAUUUCUGACAGACACCUACACCCACACACAUACGCACAAACACACUCUUCCACACAACCUGAAACCUCCCAGUAGGCACAGCAACCCCCACGCCACAUCACAAAGGAUAUCUGUAUUACAGCAUGGCCACACAGGAUGUAUUAUACCAAGGCUUUCUUAUCAGCUUUUUAUUAAUUUAUUUUUGUAAACUGGAGACAAUGAUGAUGACAUCACAUCCAUAGACUCUGGAGAAUAAAAAGACUAUGUGUGCCUCUAUUUCAUGUAAAUUAUAUUUAACUCAAGGAACUAGUUAGGUCUGUGUUUAAGUAUUGCUCUUGAAACUGUCCUGUUCUGCUCAGUAUAUUGUUGGGAGUCUUGGAUUUCAAUUGAUCAAAAUAUGCUAAAUAUAAAUUCACAAGUGUUUUGGCAGUAUAAUAAAUGAACUAAGACUCUCUUCUUUCUGUAUGUUAGACUUAAUCUUUAUUUUGUACUCUUCCACGACCCCGUUAGAAUGGAAUUCAGACCAUCACUUAUUCUUUCUUUCUCUUGGUAUCAGCAGUGGUCCUACACUGAAAGCUGCCAUUUUCACUGGAAUUGUUCUUAUCUGCUGUGUUUGUGGUAUGCUGUUUCCCAGUUUAGAGGAUCUUGACUUGAGAACUAUCCACCUGUUGUGACCUCAGAUAAAUUAAGGAAAAACAACACAUGAUUUGGGAAGGCUGGGAUACAAUCUCACCUUUUCAAAUAGUACUAAAGUUUAAGCAGAAGCGAGGUGUUUGUCAUGAAAGUUGUCAUAUUUAUAUAGAUUGGGUUUUUCACCUCUAGUUUUUAAUCUUACUUACUUUGUCUCCAAAACGUACCAAUCUUGUUGUGGUUUCAGUAAAUUACCUCACAAGAACACAAUUGCUGAAGUCAGCCUGCUCAGUAUGAAUCAUGUAUAGCAAAGCAUUUCAUUAGCUUUUGUUAACUAUUCCUGUAAUCUGACUUGCCAUUAGCAGUGCAUGAAUAUUACCAUGAUUUUUUUUCUUAUGAAUUAUACAUGACAUGUAUGUAGUACAUUUUGAGGCGUUUUGAUGAAAAUGUCUGCGCUUAUUUUUGAUUAAAGCUGCUUUAUGUGAUGUAGUAAA